AUGCGCCUUAAGCUCUUAUCAGUUGAGGCAGCGCUGCUUCUUGCUCUUCCCGAACUGGCUCGAGCUGCUACCAGGAAGUUCGAUUUUGAGAUUGGUUGGGUCAGAGCUAAUCCCGACAAUGCUUUCGAGCGCCCAGUUAUUGGAAUCAAUGGCCAAUGGCCCAUUCCCACCAUCGAGGUUGACAUUGGUGACCGAGUUAUCAUAAAUGCGCAUAACAAUCUGGGAAAUCAAUCCACCUCCCUACAUUUCCAUGGCCUCUACAUGAAUGGAAGCACGCAUAUGGACGGCCCUGCUGGUGUCAGCCAAUGCCCGAUCGUUCCUGGAACUAGCUUUACAUACAACUUCACUGUUGAUCAACCCGGCACAUACUGGUAUCACAGUCACACUGCAGCACAAUACCCAGACGGUCUACGCGGGCCCUUUAUCGUCCAUGAUAAAGACUUCCCGUACGCAAAGAAAUACGAUGAAGAGGUUGUCUUGACACUUUCUGAUUGGUACCAUGAUGAGAUGCGAUCCCUCAUACCACAAUUCAUGGCCAAGUCCAAUCCUUCAGGCGCUGAACCUGUGCCCAAGAAUGCCCUCAUGAACGAAACCACAAACUUCACCAUGUCUGUUCAGCCCGAAAAGACAUACCUGUUCCGGGUGAUCAAUGUUGGUGCUUUUGCGGGUCAAUAUCUGUGGUUUGAAGGGCACAAAAUGCGAAUUGUCGAGGUUGAUGGUAUCUACACUGAGGAAGCGGAGGCAGAAAUGAUCUAUAUCUCGGCUGCUCAGCGAGUUAGUUUUCUACUUACUACCAAGAAGGACACUUCUAAGAAUUUCCCUAUUAUUGCUAGUAUGGAUACAACUCUCUUUGACGUCCUGCCCCCGGACCUGAACUACAACUCUACCGGUUGGUUGGUCUACGAUAAGAAGGCCGAGAACCCAGUUCCAGCUACUGUCGAAUCACUGGAUCCGUUCGAUGAUAUGACCCUCGUUCCAUAUGACAAGAUGGAAAUUCUUGGAAAGCCCGACAAGGAGGUUGUCCUAGAUGUCAAGAUGGAUAACUUGAAGGAUGGCAAGAAUUACGCCUUCUUCAACGACAUCACGUAUACCGAGGCCAAAGUCCCCACGCUCUACACAGCGCUCAGUGCAGGGAAAGAUGCCGAAGAUCCUACUGUAUACGGCACUUACACACACUCCAUGGUCCUCAAGAAGAACGAGAUUGUUCAGCUUGUUGUGAACAACCUCGACUCUGGCCGGCAUCCUUUCCAUCUUCACGGUCAUGCAUUCCAGUCUGUUUAUCGCUCCGAGGAAGAGGCUGGUAUCUGGGCCGAUGCCAAUGUCACAGAAAGCAACCUGCCAAAAACCCCUAUGCGACGUGAUACUCUAGUCAUCUACCCCAACGGCAACAUUGUGAUGCGCUUCAAGGCGGACAACCCAGGUGUCUGGCUGUUUCAUUGUCACAUUGAGUGGCACGUUAUCUCCGGUCUCAUUGCUACUUUCGUAGAAGAUCCCCUUGCCCUACAAGAAACCAUUGAGAUCCCAAAGAACCAUCUCGAUGCAUGUGCCGCCGCCGGUAUGCCUACGAAGGGUAACGCUGCUGCCAACACUGAAGACUUUCUUGAUCUUACUGGUGAGAACAAACCUGCCAAGACUCUACCGCCUGGUUUCACACCUCGUGGUAUCGUCGCACUCGUUUUCAGCUGCAUUUGCGGUAUUCUCGGCGUGGCUGUUGUUGCAUGGUACGGCUUUUCUGCACCGGUUGACUCAACCAGUGCUGGUGCUCUCAGUGCCGGUCUUGUUGAAAACGACUCGGGAGAUGUCCAUUCUGCUCAGAAGGGCCCUCAGGAGACAGUUGUUUCGCCAACAGGCGAUGCGAGAAGUCACUAA